UAGGGGUUAGUUUUGGAGAGUGACGAGUAACGUGGUUGUGCGAAGUUGGGGCUGUUUUUUGGGGAUAUUUGCGAUUUUUUGAGGGAAAGAUGGGGAAGAAUAAGAAAACUAGGAAGGUGGUGAUGCAGAGGUUUGCGCAGAUGAAGAAGAUGAUCAGCCCCAGUGAUUCCAGAAUAAAAGCAGAUAAAAGGGCACCUCCGAAGAAGAAAAAACCUGAAGAUCCAACAGAAAUGAAAGUCAGAGAGGCACCCCAACAAUCAUCAGCCCUAUUCUUCCAAUACAACACGCAAUUAGGGCCCCCCUAUCACAUCCUGAUCGACACAAACUUCAUAAAUUUUUCGAUAAAAAAUAAACUCGACAUAAUUCAGAAUAUGAUGGAGUGCCUCUACGCGAAGUGCAUUCCCUACGUAACGGACUGUGUGAUGGGGGAGCUGGAGAAGCUGGGACAGAAAUACAAGAUUGCACUGAGGAUUAUUAAAGACCCGAGGUUCGAGAGGCUACACUGCAUGCACAAGGGAACAUACGCCGAUGAUUGUUUGGUGAACAGAGUGACACAACACAAGUGCUACAUUGUGGCGACUAAUGACAAGGAUUUGAAGAGUAGGAUAAGGAAAAUACCUGGUGUGCCUAUUAUGUAUGUGUCACAGCAUCGGUAUACCAUUGAGAGAAUGCCUGAUGCCUAUGGUGCACCUAAAUAAUUAUUUUAGCAUAGAUUAUUUUGUUAUUGUGAAAUACA